GAAGGCUACAUCAAGAAAAAAUUGCUACAACAUUUUCUCUCGUUAUUCACUGUUGAAAUAACGACGAAUAAAGAAAUUACCGAUUUCGAAUAAAGAUUUAUUCGGUGUGAACAUGGCUUUAUAUCGAUAAUAGAGGAAGAGCAGCGCGCAUCUGCGAACGGCAUUACGCAAAUACAUGAAUAAAAUCCGCACUCUAUAAAUGCGUUAAAAGCUGAACACGUGCGUUAGUACGCGCCUAACUCUAUCUCUGAAUGUGCGAGUUUAGUUUUAUCGUAUGAAGACUCGUGUUAUUUUUCCUAUUUGAACGUAAUUAUAUUGUGUGCGACGUUAUUAACGAAUAAACGAAUAAUUUCGUUAUUUUUUGCGUAUUUUCUUUCUUAUGUGAUAACAAGUUUGACUCACGUUAUAUGUGGUAUUUAUAAUAAAUUUAUACUAGAUAUUAAGUAUGGUAGAAACAUCAACAUUAGGAUGGAUCGAUUAUGCAGUUAUAUUUCUCAUGCUUUGCAUAAGUAUCGGUAUAGGUAUUUAUUAUAGAUUCAGUGGUGGCCGGCAAAAAACUGUAGAGGAGUAUUUUAAUGCAAGCCAAUCGAUGAGCAUUAUUCCUGUUUCAAUCGCUCUAGUGGUUUCAUUCAUGUCGGCUAUCACUUUGCUCGGCGUAUCGGCUGAAAAUUAUUACUAUGGAACACAAUUUGUAAUUAUAAAUUUAUCAUACGUAAUAGGUACACCUAUAGUUUGCUAUGGAUUUUUACCAGUAUUCUUUAAGCUUCAAGCAACAAGCGCUUAUGAGUACUUGGAGAAGCGCUUUGGGAUUAAAACUAGAAUGAUGGCUAGUUUUGUGUACUGGGUACAGCUGCUUUUAUAUUCCGGAGUUGUACUUUAUGCGCCUUCCUUAGCUUUGGAAGCGACUACAGGAAUUUCUAAAACUGGAAGUAUAAUUAUAAUUGGAUUAGCUUGCAGUUUUUAUUCCAGUAUAGGAGGCAUUAAGGCUGUCUUAAUAACAGAUGUAUUUCAGAGCUUACUUAUGUUUGCUUCUGUAAUUAUUAUUAUUAUUAUAGCCUCUUACGAAAUAGGAAGCUUAGGGAAAAUUUGGGAUAUUGCGGUGAUUGGACAGCGGAUAGAAUUUGACAACAUUUCUAUAUAUCCAACGGAACGACAUACUUGGUGGUCUCUCAUUUUUGGCGGUUUGGUUACAUUUUUGUCCUUGUACGGAGUAAAUCAAGUUCAAGUACAACGUAUGCUAACCGUUAAGAGCUUAAAAUCAGCCCAACUAUCGCUGUGGCUGUCUCUGCCUAUUUUAAUAUUUCUUUCUGUGUCAACAUGUUUUUCUGGACUAUCCAUGUACAGUAAAUAUUUUGCGUGCGAUCCUUUAACAGAGGGGAGAAUCUCUACUAUGGAUAUGUUAAUGCCACUAUAUGUAAUGGAUACUAUGUAUUAUUUACCUGGAUUGCCAGGUCUUUUCAUAGCAGGUAUUUUCAGUGCUGGCCUUAGUACAAUUUCUGCAGCUCUAAAUUCUUUGGCAGCUGUUACGUUAGAAGAUUAUGUCAAACCUGUAUAUAAUCGUUGUACUCGUAAAGAAUUAAGUCCUACAAGUGCAGCCACUGUUGGAAAAAUUAUUGCAUUCGCGUAUGGAUUAAUCUCUAUCGCUUUGGCUUUUCUUGCUGAACUUUUAGGAGGCGUUUUGCAAGCAGGAUUGACAAUAUUUGGCAUUGUUGGAGGCCCACUCUUGGGAAUUUUUACAUUAGGAAUGACUACUGAAUCCGCUAUAGAAUCGGGAGCUAUAACAGGAACAAUACUAUCCCUUGUCUUUCUCUUAUGGAUUGCUUAUGGACAACCUAGACCCAUUCCUACUAAAUUACCAUUAUUUACGAAUGGCUGUGAUGUAAAUUCAACAAACAAUAUAACAUUAAGUGCGUUUAGAAGUUCGAUGGAAUUAUCUUCUCCAAAAAUUGACGAUAAUCACUAUUUUUAUUUAUAUCGUAUAUCAUAUAUGUGGUAUGCACCACUUGGGUUCCUUAUUACUUUUAUCGUCGGUUUAUUAGUUAGUAAUAUAAUUCGAUGCAUAUCUAGGCAAACUCAGAAAGAGUUAGAUCCUAAUUUGCUUUUUCCAAUAAUCGGGAAACGCUUAAGCAAUAAACGAUCUCUUCAUUUCGAACGCAGCGAGUUGGCAGAUUCGAAUAAGAAAUUACAAGGAAAAUAUAUAUUUAAUGCUGAAUCGGUUGAUGAAGGGGAACUAAUUAGUACAAGUAUUUAAAACUAUUAAGUUUUAUAUACUUUAUAUAGGGUCACAUAUCGCGAGAUAUAAUAUCAGAUAUGUCACGUCUAGAGAUACUGGAAUUAAAACAUACAACAUUAAUAUUCUCAGGGUUAUUUAGAAACGAGUUAGUAUUCCUUUAUUACGAUUAUGAUCCUUAAAUAUGGUUUUAUUCUCUCAUUUCUUAAUGACACAGCUGACUAUAUCUCGAAGUUUUUAUUUUAUAGCGUCUUUGCAUUUUUUCGCCUUUUAAUGGCAUUUAGAACAAUUUAAUUCGUAUAGUAUUAGCUCGAAUAUAUUUCAUUAAAUCUAUAUACUUGUCUUCCAUUAAUCGUCAUUACACUGCCAAUUUACUUAAAUUUAUACAUCAUUUUAUUGUAGUUUUUUUUUUUGAUUAAAAAUAAGACCAGUAUGCAAAAACAGUAUAUAUAUAGGCAUGCUAUGUAAGCGAUUUUUUAUCGCGAAGCCUAUCAAAAUUUGAGUCCAAUAUGCGCGCCAAAUAAGUAUGAAAAUAUUUCACAUAUACUUUUUAUUUAUACAAUUGAAUAUAAUAUAAUGUGUAAUAUUGUAUCAUCUAAUGUGAGACUAUUACUAUAACAGUUAUAUUUUUGACAAAAUCUAAUCGAAUGUGAAAAUUGUAUGAGAGAACGUUGAUUUUAAAAUGAAAUCAAUUUUACGUGAUCAAAACUUGCAUAAUUGUUAUACUAUUAAUCCUAUCCUUAAAAAGAAGAUGCUUUUUUCUAGAUAAAAUUGGACAAGAGAAAAUAUGUUAGUCCUAAAAUGUUGUCAAGAAUGAUGGGUGGUGCCGAUCCGAUUCAUCGCCUUGUCACUGGAUCGAACCACCGCCGGUCGGUUGAAACCAGUUUCAAUUUAUACAAGCUGCCGCAGUCCGAUCGGGCCAGAGCCCUUUUUAAUUAUUUUUCCACUGGAAGACAAUGGUCAAGAAUGACAGCGACACUCGGACAUAUUUUCCAUUCGUAGGACGGACCAUAUUCGUUAGCUGAGCAAGCAAUUAAUUAAUUAAGACGUUACCGCAUCCGAGUCGCAUAUUUCUUCGUCUUCGUCUGAGUCUUUUAUCUUAGUCGUCGAGGUGAUUUUACCUUAAUGCCUGUAUCUUCUUUUCUUAUCUUCUCUGGCCCUUCCCUCCUGGCUAUGACAAUUUCGAUUCGUCAAUCGAAAAUUUAUCUUCAUCGUUCGCGCUUAAUUUCAUUACGACGACAAGACGACGUUAACAUUGAAAAGAAAUCUUGCCUCUCUCUCUUUUUCUCUCUCUCUCUCUCUCUCUUUAUCUAUCUGACAGGAUCCUUCACUCUGUUUGUUGUGCUUUUAGACGAUCGUCGUUAGUCCUGUUUGCUCUCGCAAUCUUACUCCUCUAUCUAUUGAUCAUUGCCGAGAAUGUAAAUAUAUUUUCUCGAGCGAGAAAAAUAUUUUUUUUCAACGUCUUUUGAAAUAUCGAAUAGAUAUAUUCUAUAAGAGUUUUUCGCGAAUGCGUUUAUUUUUGCGAGUCGUCAACGUACAAGAGUUCCAUAGUAGAUAUUCUUACUCUUUUCGAAAAAGGGGUGAGUUCGUUUGGUCCUUCCUAAAUCGAUUCGAUACAAAAAUCAAUGUGAAAUUAAAUUUGAAAGCUCGACGUUUAUCGUAAUCGCUUAAUUUGUUACUCGAUUACUCUUCGCUUCGUUCGGAUUUUUAUCAGUUACAUCGCGCUUCUCUAUUGAACUUUAGAGCAUCUAAGUUGAUAUCAGCCUCUACACGAAAAAGAACAAAAGUUAUAAAUUGAAUUGUUGCUCGGCGCAACGAAUGUGCAAAAUGUGCAACCCUGACGCAACCCUUUGCGAGUGUUCCUUUUAAAUGUUGAAAUUUGAAAAGCACGUUUGCCUUUCUUCGAAGACGACAAAUGCCUCCUCUUAUACGAUUGUUCCCGAGAUUUAGGAUAGGUCUGUUUACGCAAACGCUGUUUACCUGUAUCAACAUAUCGCCACGAAGACGAUCCGACGAUGUUGGGUACGUAGCGCGUUAAAAUCUAAAUGAUAUGACGCAAACACGUGCAUCGAAUUACGCAUUGAAUUACGCGUCGUCUAUGUAUGCACCACUCCCUCUCUCUGUAUACGUCUUUUAGUUUAUAUCAUUAACCGAUUAUUACGCGAGCCUUAUGUGACGGACGAGUAUUAUCCAACGAAUCGAACAAUUUAACGAAUUCGGUGUCAGGAUUUUCAUUGGAAAUAUGAAAAUAAAGUAAAAAGUAAGUGGUAUUAGAUUGCGUCAUUAGGGUCGCUAUCGCUUCUAUUUCUUUCCUAUGUCCGAUCGACACGAGACACAGAGAGGGAAGCGCGUAACCAAGUGGGAAGAGAGUUAAACUUAUUGUUAGCUACGUUUACUAUUCUGAAAAUCGUCAAAUCCGGCUUCUUUCAUCGCUACUUGUCACGGAAGAGUCGUAAUA